UGCAUGUGGCAGGUUCACAUUAGAAGUUUAUUCUGAAAAAAAUACACAAAAUUUGAAUUAAAUUUAAUAAAUAUUUAAAUUUAAAAUGGGUGCGCGUAAAUCAAAAUCCAGCUACGUUGUAUCUAAUCAAGAUUUCACUUAUGAAGGAUCAACAGCGACAUCAGCACCAACGACACAGCCUGCACCAAUAGUACAACCUGCCGUCGAAGAAAAUCGAACGCCAGUCACAGCAACUACAGUGGAAACACGGCAUGUAGAGAAUACAGAAGUGAAACUACCAGAGAUCGAUAUGAGUGUAGUGCCAACUUGGUUGACCGAAGAAUACUUCGUAGAUAUACUCAAAGAAAAUGUACCUAAUUUCGAUAAAAUUACCGAUUUCAAAGUGAAGCCAGCAUUGAGACCAGGUGAAAAUUAUGCCACCCUUAUGCUGCGUGUAAAUAUUGAAGUAGUAUUGACAGAUAAAAACAGCAAAGCUAUUUCGUAUAUGUUGAAAGUGCCUCACGAUACUGAACAAAUGAGACAAAUGGCAGCAUUAAUGAAUAUGUUCAUACCAGAAAACGAAAUGUAUUUCGAUAUUGUUCCCGAACUUGAAGAAAUGUAUAAAUCAGUGGGCUUGGAAAUAUCAUUUGGUGCUAAGGCUUAUAAGUUUAAAAAACAACCAAUUACCGAUACUGUUUUACUCGAAGAUUUAGGUCCGCUAGGCUACAAAAAUCGUGAUCGCUUGCUUGGAUGCGAUGUGGAGCACACUCAAUGGGUUCUCAAGAAAUUAGCACAAUUUCACGCGGUUUCUGCCACACGCGUAGCUACUAAAGGACCAUUUUCCAAAAUAAUUAUGGAAGGAUUUUUCGAUGUCGCAAGGCCAAUUUUUGAUACUAUGAUGAAAUCAUUUACAGAUCAAUUUUUAUCUUGUAUUAAAUGUUAUGAAAAUGGAGAGUUUUAUGCACCAUUCAUAAAAUCAUACUUUGACCAAAUAGCAGAAUAUUCCGGUUUUUUCGUACCAGACCCAAAUGAAUUUAGUGUUAUUAACCAUGGAGAUUGCUGGUCUAAUAAUAUUCUAUUUCAAUAUGCAAAUGAUGGCAAAAUAUUAGACACAAAAUUUGUUGAUCUACAAUUACCGCGAUAUGGUUCACCUGCUCAAGAUUUGAACUACUUUCUACUGACUUCCACUUCCCUUGAUAUUAAAUUGAAUCAAUUUGAUCAUUUUUUACGCUAUUAUUAUGAUAAUUUAAUCGAACAUCUUAAAUUGUUAAAAUAUCCCAAAGACAUGCCAACAUUAAGUGAGCUACACGUACAAAUGCUUAUGUAUAGCUUUUGGGGAGUAAGUGCUAGUAUAACAACAUUACCUGCUGUGUUAUUAGAUCCAACGGAAAAAGCCAGCUUUGAUAAUUUUUUGUCAGAUGGUGCCGAAGGUGUAGAAUUUAAAAAUUUGCUUUUCUCCAAUUCUCGAUAUAUCCAACAUAUAUCGAAAAUAUUACCUUGGUUUUAUAAUCGUGGUUGUUUGGAACCAUUUACAAAUAAACCACUCACUGCAAUUCAAAUAUCAACGCCAGUAGAAAUUUUACAAGUCACUGAGACCUCUGUUGAAGUACCCGCCGUUACGUCGGCGAAUGACCAACAAGCAAAACCGAAGUACCCAGCAUGGGUAACAGAAACGUAUUUUAUUGAUAUUUUAGAAAAGGAAAUACCAAACUUCAAAAAGAUAAGCAAAUUUGAGAUAAACCCAGCAACAAGUUCGGGAGACAAUUACUCAUCUAUUAUGCUUAGAAUUGACAUCGAAACCGAACUAACAGAUGGUACUAUUCAACCGAAGUCAUUUAUGCUGAAAAUACCUUUAGACACUGAAAAAGCUAGCGCUAUGAUGAAAGUUUUCAAUACUUUCAAGAAAGAAAUGGCUAUGUACGAUAUUGUGCCACAGCUUGAAAAUAUUUAUAAAGAAGCUGGACACGAAAUAGUAUUUGCACCCAAGAGUUACAAGUUCGUGAAGGAUACAAAUUGUGAUCAUUUACUUUUGGAAAAUUUACGUACUCUUGGUUUUAAGAAUGCGGACCGCAUUGCUGGUUUAGAUAUGGAACAUACCAAACGUGUGCUUGAAAAAUUAGCAGAAUUCCAUGCUGCCUCCGCGAUGUUGUAUGAAAAAAAUAAUAACACUUAUCCAGAAUUUUUGACCAAAGGCUUGUACAGCGAAGAAAAUCGAGAAUUUUUUGAAGGCAUGGGUCAACAGUUCUUCGGCAUUUUUUACAAACAUUUAAGGACCUUUGAAAAUAGCGAAGAAUAUGCAGAGAAAAUUAUUAGCAAUGAAAAAACUUUAUAUGAUAAAUGUCAGGCAGCAGACAAAGGUGCUGAAAGCAGUAUUAAUGUCUUAAAUCAUGGAGAUUGUUGGACUAAUAAUAUAAUGUAUCAAUACGAUGAUGCUGGAAAGAUUAAAAAUGUGUACUUUGUAGACUUUCAAAUGAGUCGAUAUGGUACUCCCGCUCAGGAUCUAUACUAUUUCAUUUUUUCGUCACCAACUUAUGAUAUUAAAUUAGAACAUUUCGAUGGCUUUAUUAGGCACUAUCAUGAACAUUUGGUGAAAAAUUUGAAACUUUUGAACUAUCCACGUGAAAUUCUAACUUUAAAGCAAUUGCAUAUUGAUCUUUUGAAAUAUGGAAUUUAUGGAGUAACUACUUCCACCAAUGUUUUGACCGCAAUAUUGCUGGAUCCUACAGAGAACGCUAGCAUUGAAUCAAUGCUAAAUGAUAGUGAAGAAGGUGUUAGUUUCAUUGACUUGUUGUAUUCUAAUCCUCGAUAUCAUAAACAUGCUAGUGCUAUAUUUACUUGGUUAAAUAGACGUGGUCAGUUAGAAUUUGAUUGGCUAAAGUUUAUGCAUGUGGCAGUAUUUAAAUUUAAAAUGGGUGCGCGUAAAUCAAAAUCUAGCUACGUUGUAUCUAAUCAAGAUUUCACUUAUGAAGGAUCAACAGCGGCAUCAACACCAGCGACACAGCCUGCACCAAUAGUACAAUCUGCCGUCGAAGAAAAUCGAACACCAGUCACAGCAACUACAGUGGAAACACGGCAUGCAGAGAAUACAGAAGUGAAACUACCAGAGAUCGAUAUGAGUGUAGUGCCCACUUGGUUGACCGAAGAAUACUUCGUAGAUGUACUCAAAGAAAAUGUACCUAAUUUCGAUAAAAUUACCGAUUUCAAAGUGAAACCAGCAUUGAGACCAGGUGAAAAUUAUGCCACCCUUAUGCUGCGUGUAAAUAUUGAAGUAGCAUUGACAGAUAAAAACAGCAAAACUAUUUCGUAUAUGUUGAAAGUGCCUCACGAUACUGAACAAAUGAGACAAAUGGCAGCAUUAAUGAAUUUGUUCAUACCAGAAAACGAAAUGUAUUUCGAUAUUGUUCCCGAACUUGAAGAAAUGUAUAAAGCAGUGGGCUUGGAAAUAUCAUUUGGUGCUAAAUCUUAUAAGUUCAAAAAACAACCAAUUACCGACACUGUUUUGCUCGAAGAUUUAGGUCCACUAGGCUACAAAAAUCGUGAUCGCUUGCUUGGUUUCGAUGUGGAGCACACUCAAUGGGUUCUCAAGAAAUUAGCACAAUUUCACGCGGUUUCUGCCACACGCGUAGCUACUAGAGGACCAUUUUCCAAAAUAAUUAUGAAAGGAUUUUUCGAUGUCGCAAAACCAAUAUAUGAUGCUAUGCUGAAAUCAUUUACAGAUCAAUUUUCUUCUUCUAUUAAGUAUUAUGAAAAUGGAGAGUUUUAUGCACCAAUCAUGAAAUCAUUCUUUGACGUAAUGGCAGAAAAUUUCGACUGUUUACUCAUAGCAGACCCAGAUGAAUUUAAUGUUAUUAACCAUGGAGAUUGCUGGUCUAAUAAUAUUCUAUUUCAAUAUGCAAAUGAUGGCAAAAUAUUAGACACAAAAUUUGUUGAUCUACAAAUACCUCGAUAUGGUUCACCUGCUCAAGACUUGAAUUACUUUUUAAUAACUUCCACUGCCCUUGAUGUAAAAUUGAGUCAAUUUGAUCAUUUUCUACGCUAUUAUUAUGAUAAUCUUAUCGAACAUCUUAAAUUAUUAAAAUAUCCCAAAAACAUGCCAACAUUAAGUGAGCUACACGUACAAAUGCUUAAAUAUGGCAUUUGGGGAGUAAGUGCUGGAAUGACAACAUUACCUGCUGUCUUAUUAGAUCCAACGGAAAAAGCCAGCUUUGAUAAUUUUAUCUCAGACGGUGCCGAAGGUGUAGAAUUUAAAAACUUGCUUUUCUCCAAUCCCAGAUAUUGUCAACAUAUUUCCAAAUUGUUACCUUGGUUCUAUAAUCGUGGUUCAUUGGAACCAUUCACAAAUAAACCACUCACUGCAAUUCAAAUAUCAACGCCAGUAGAAAUUUUACAAGUCACUGAGACCUCGGUUGAAGAAUCCGCCGUAACGUCAGCGAAUGACCAACAAGCAAAACCGAAGUACCCAGCAUGGGUAACAGAAACGUAUUUUAUUGAUAUUUUAGAAAAGGAAAUACCAAACUUCAAAAAGAUAAGCAAAUUUGAGAUAAGCCCAGCAACAAGUUCGGGAGACAAUUACUCAUCUAUUAUGCUUAGAAUUGACAUCGAAACCGAACUAACAGAUGGUACUAUUCAACCUAAGUCAUUUAUGCUGAAAAUACCUUUAGACACUGAAAAAGCUAGCGCUAUGAUGAAAGUUUUCAAUACUUUCAAGAAAGAAAUGGCUAUGUACGAUAUUGUGCCACAGCUUGAAAAUAUUUAUAAAGAAGCUGGACACGAAAUAGUAUUUGCACCCAAGAGUUACAAGUUCGUGAAGGAUACAAAUUGUGAUCAUUUACUUUUGGAAAAUUUACGUACUCUUGGUUUUAAGAAUGCGGACCGCAUUGCUGGUUUAGAUAUGGAACAUACCAAACGUGUGCUUGAAAAAUUAGCAGAAUUCCAUGCUGCCUCCGCGAUGUUGUAUGAAAAAAAUAAUAACACUUAUCCAGAAUUUUUGACCAAAGGCUUGUACAGCGAAGAAAAUCGAGAAUUUUUUGAAGGCAUGGGUCAACAGUUCUUCGGCAUUUUUUACAAACAUUUAAGGACCUUUGAAAAUAGCGAAGAAUAUGCAGAGAAAAUUAUUAGCAAUGAAAAAACUUUAUAUGAUAAAUGUCAGGCAGCAGACAAAGGUGCUGAAAGCAGUAUUAAUGUCUUAAAUCAUGGAGAUUGUUGGACUAAUAAUAUAAUGUAUCAAUACGAUGAUGCUGGAAAGAUUAAAAAUGUGUACUUUGUAGACUUUCAAAUGAGUCGAUAUGGUACUCCCGCUCAGGAUCUAUACUAUUUCAUUUUUUCGUCACCAACUUAUGAUAUUAAAUUAGAACAUUUCGAUGGCUUUAUUAGGCACUAUCAUGAACAUUUGGUGAAAAAUUUGAAACUUUUGAACUAUCCACGUGAAAUUCUAACUUUAAAGCAAUUGCAUAUUGAUCUUUUGAAAUAUGGAAUUUAUGGAGUAACUACUUCCACCAAUGUUUUGACCGCAAUAUUGCUGGAUCCUACAGAGAACGCUAGCAUUGAAUCAAUGCUAAAUGAUAGUGAAGAAGGUGUUAGUUUCAUUGACUUGUUAUAUUCUAAUCCUCGAUAUCAUAAACAUGCUAGUGCUAUAUUUACUUGGUUAAAUAGACGUGGUCAGUUAGAAUUUGAUACCGAAAUUGAGCAAAGUGUUAAACAAAAAAUUACUCCACCACAUCCAAAUGCUGAUAUCAACCUUUCUAGUGAAACAACGAACGCAGCUACUUCUAGAUCUGCCAAAAAAGUCAAUAGUGAUGCUGAGUUCGAGGUGCAUUUUAUAGAAAUUCUAAAACAAAAUAUUGACAAUUUCGAUAAAAUUAUAACAUUCAAAACCGAGGCCGCUACUAAAGCUGGAGACAACUACGCAUCGACAAUAUUACGAGUUAUAAUAUUAAUACAACUAACAGAUGGCACCAAUCAAAAUCUUUCAUAUAUGCUUAAAAUGCCUGUUCAAAGUGAACUUUUCGAUGAGUCGGAAUUUAAUAUUUUUACUAAAGAAAUCAUUAUGUAUGAAGAAUAUUUACCACAUUUUGUACAAUUUUAUGAGAAAGCUGGACAGAAGCUUAAUUUAGCACCAAAAUACUAUAAAUUCAAAGAAGAUAUAGGCUGUGAUUCUAUUAUAUUAGAAGAUCUACGUAUUCGAGACUUCAAAAUUGCAAAUCGUAUGGAAGGACUUGAUAUAGAACACACGGAAAGUGUACUGCGUAAAUUAGCUCAAUUCCAUGCAGCUUCUGUGAAGCAUGUAGAAGUACAUGGACUGUACCCAACAUCAUUUCAAGAGAGCUUCUACAAUGAACAAACACGUGAAAUUCUUCAGGACAUGUCUAACCAAACGAAACCCAUCAUAUUGGAAUUUGCAAGUGCAUACAAUAAUAGUGAAGAAUAUAUAGAGAAGCUGAAUAAACUACUUGAUAACUAUGUUGAUUUAGCUAUAGAAUAUAGUAAGGUUCAUCUUGAAGAAUUCAAUGUUUUGAACCAUGGUGAUUGCUGGAUAAAUAACAUUAUGUUUCAAUAUGAUGAAGAGAAUCGCCUAAUGGAAACUUAUUUAAUUGACUUUCAAAUACCCAAAUAUGGUCCACCUGCUUAUGAUUUAUAUACGUUUAUACUUUCUGCAACGCAAUUAAAUUUAAAAGUGGAGCAAUUUGAUUACUUUAUUAGUUAUUAUUACUCACACUUGAGCGAAAACUUAAGACUAUUGACAUACAAUGGUAAAAUUCCUACUUUGAAAGAGCUGCACAUUAGUUUACUAAAGUACGGGUUUAUGGCUGUUGUAACUUUAUUUGAUAUGACCUCUGUAUGCUUAAUGGAUAAGCAUGAACACACCGGAUUUGACAUCUUUAUGGCUAAUACUCCGGAUGGAAUCGAAUUUCGCAGAAAGCUUUAUGGAAAUCCAAGAUUUAAAGAAAAUGCUGAAUUGAUUUUACAUUUUCUUAAUUAUAGAGGCUUAUUAGAUAUUUAGAGAUUAGAAAACUAAAAAAGUGUCUGUUGUACAUCACAUGACAAUAAUAUUAUA